AUGAAGAUCUUUUACAUCGGUGUCCUGCGAAACGACAGCAAACCCGCCCUCGAACUCUGCGGCGAACGAGACCUCAGUUCCUUCUCGCGAUUCACACGUGACAGCUACAAUGAAUUCAUGAUGCUGUUUUGCAAGACGGUGGCGGAGCGCACGAACCCCGGUCAACGACUUGACAUUGAGGAGAAGUCAUACACAUUCCAUGCCUACGGCCGGACCGAAGGCGUGGCUGGUAUCAUCAUUUCGGACGGCGACUAUCCGGCGCUCGUUGCGCACCAGCUUUUGUCGAAAAUCGUCGAUGAGUUCUUGGCCAAAUAUCCCCGGACAACCUUUUCGGACCCGUCUACGCGCGAAAACUCGUGCCCGCUUCCGCAGUUGAAGGAAUACAUUGUCAAGUUCCAGGACCCUGGUCAGGCAGACAGCAUUAUGAAGAUUCAGCAGGAGUUGGAUGAGACAAAAAUUGUGCUGCACAAGACUAUUGAGGGUGUCCUGGAGCGAGGAGAGAAGAUUGACAGUCUCGUUCAAAAGAGUGAUGGCCUGAGCUCACAGAGCAAGAUGUUUUAUACUCAGGCCAAGAAGCAAAACUCAUGCUGCACCAUCAUGUGA